AGCCAAGAAGGGAAGGAUCCUCUUUCCAAUUCCAAUCGAUUGCAAUCCUUAAAAAUUUUCCUUCACUGCAAGUCUGCAACUUCUGUAGCUUUCUAUUAUUCGUUAAGAAGAGAAAAAUAAAUAAAGGGAAAUAAUAAAGGAGGAAAAGCAAAGGAAUCAUAGAUUUUUAUGUUCAGAUUCUUCUACAAGAAUACCCCAAAAGGACAGGUCACAAGGCACACGGUGAAGGACACCUUUUAAGGGAAAGCGAAGCAAGCAAGCAAGGGAGCUUCACUUUACCUAAUCCCUCUCUGUUGGGUGUGUUUUUGUGCUAAAAAUUUGGAAACUGGAAGGAAAGAUAGGGAACGAUCGUAAGAGGAAGAAAGCUUCGGCUUCGUCAUCGGAUCGACCAGAGAAGAAGCAGCAGCAACAACAACACAGGAAGAGGAUCCAAAUGUCGAACUCCAAUCAAGUGAGGGCGUCUCACAUCCUCAUCAAGCAUCAGGGUUCCAGAAGGAAAGCUUCUUGGAAGGAUCCGGAAGGUCGCAUCAUCAUAAACACCACUAGGGACAGCGCUGUCUCUCAGCUUAAGGCCCUCCGUGAGGACAUCGUCACUGGCAAGGCCAAGUUCGAGGACCUCGCCUCUCGUUACUCCGAUUGCAACUCCGCCAAGCGCGGUGGCGAUUUAGGUCCUUUUGGCAGAGGGCAGAUGCAGAAGCCUUUUGAAGAAGCAACAUAUGCUCUGAAAGUCGGAGAGAUUAGUGACAUUGUGGAUACUGAUAGUGGUUCUCACAUAAUUAUGAGAACUGCCUGAUCGUUGAUCCAAACACGGGUGCAGUCAAUUUUCUACAGAUCAGCUUUUCUUUCCAAGUUAGUUUUUGCUGCUUAUCCAUUAGGGGCAGUUGAGCCAUGUUAUUACAUGCUUAUAUGGCAAAUCAGAGAGCGUCCAUUGUGAUCCACUUUCAUAAAUUCUUAAUUACAUUUUGAUACUGUAUUUGGAGGUACUUUUGUGGAAACAAUUCAUGAUCAGCGAGAGCUGUUUUUGCUUGUGUUUCUAAUGCUGACGCUUUGAUUUUUAAGAACCAACUUGCUUGGGGUUGAAGGCAGUAUUCCACUAAAUAAAUAAGUUAUUCUUUUGGGAUCUGUUA